AUGAGAUGGCACCAUGAGAAUCGUUCUAAUGAUGAAGUACUAAGGCAUCCCGCAGACGCUGAGGCUUGGAAAUCAUUUGAUCGAACUCAUGAGUCCUUUUCCUCAGAUCCUCGCAAUGUAAGUCUUGGGUUAGCUACCGAUGGCUUUAAUCCUUUUGGAAACAUGAGUGUUAGCUAUAGUUGUUGGCCUGUUGUCGUAUUCCCUUACAACAUUCCCCCGUGGAUGUGUAUGAAAGAGCCUUACCUAUUCAUGUCUCUACUUAUUCCGGGCCAAAAGGGUCCUGGCAAUGAUAUCGAUGUAUUUUUAAGGCCAUUAAUUGAUGAGUUAAAAGAAUUAUGGGAAAAGGGUGCUGAAACCUAUGAUGCUUCAAUGCAGGAAAACUUUCAAAUGAGAGUUGCAUUAAUGUGGACUAUCAAUGACUUUCCUGCGUACACUUAUACCUCAGGUUGGAGUACACAAGGGAAUCUUGCAUGCCCUUGCUGUGGUAGUGAGACUUCUCAUCGUAGGUUAAAGCAUGGGAGCAAAAUGUGCUAUAUGGGUCAUCGUCGAUUUCUUCCUCCUGACCAUAAAUGGCGAUCACAAAAAGCACAAUUUGAUGGUAAGAGAGAGAGAAAAGGGGCACCAAAACGAUUAUUUGGUGAUGAUGUGCUGAAUCAACUUGGUACUCUGCCACCAAUAACACUAGGCAAGGCCGUUAAAAGGAAAAGGUUACCUGGGCGUGGAAAGUGCCACAAUUGGAAGAAGCAUAGUAUUUUCUUUGAUUUGUCGUAUUGGAGAACAUUGUUAUUGCAUCAUAAUUUGGAUGUGAUGCACAUUGAGAAAAAUAUAUGUGAUAGUGUGAUGGGGACAGUAUUAGAUAUUGAUAAGAAAAGUAAAGAUUCCUUAAAUGCUAGGCUCGAUCUAAAAAUGAUGGGUAUACGAAAGGAACUUCAUCCUGAAGAUGGGAAGACUACUUUUCCUCGUGCUUGUUAUACACUCUCAAAAGAUGAGAAAAAGGCUGUGUUUCAGUGGUUGCAAAAUCUAAAGGUUUCGAAUGGUUACUCUGCAAAUUUGUCUCGGUGUGUGAAUGUAGGAGAACAGAAGAUUUUUGGUAUGAAAACUCAUGACUGUCAUGUCUUCAUGGAGAGAUUACUCCCUCUUGUAGUGCGUGAAUUAUUACCUAAAAAGGUAUCUGAUGCUUUGAUCGAGCUUAGCAAUUUUUUAAAAGAAUUACGCUCUAAAGUUUUACGGUUGGAGGACUUGGAGCAUAUGGAGCACAAAAUUCCUAUAAUUCUUUGUAAGCUAGAAAGAAUUUUUCCACCUGCUUUCUUUGAUGUAAUGGUACACUUGCCAAUUCAUCUACCUUGGGAAGCUAAAGUUGCCGGUCCAGUGCAAUAUCGAUGGAUGUAUCCGAUUGAAAGGUAUUUGUGUAAGCUCAAGGGUUAUGUUCGUAACAAGGCACACCCAGAAGGGUCGAUUGCAGAAGGGUAUGUGGCAGAUGAAUGUCUAACAUUUUGCUCACGGAGAGGCCGCCCUUAUGGGAAGAGUGUAGUACGAGAGUUAAACAACACUGAUUACUAUGCAGCAUCGCUUUAUGUCCUACAAAAUUGUGAUGAGAUCGAGCCCCUUGUUCAAGAACAUAGGAACAUCCUUGUAGACUUGGGUGUCAAUGUUGACGAGAUGCCUAGACAUGAGUUCAUUUGUUCGUUCAAAGAAAGGAUCACAAAACUUUAUAAUGAUGGAAACGAGCAAGUUGACGAGCAUGUGCGAUCAUUGGCUUGGGUCCAGAUAAACGAGCUACACACUACCCUUGUUACAAUGUCAAUGGGUUUAGGUUUCGUACAACUCGACAUUAGUAAUGUCGAGUUCUAUGCAUAUUUUGCCACUUAA